AUGUCUGAUCAGUUCACAUCUGUCCAAUGGGAUCGCGAUGACGGUCCCUCGGAGACUCCACCGGAGCCUCAAUUACCGGCUUUGGACGAGCGGUCGUCCGAUUCCGAGAGCGCAAGCGAGCCAAUUGACGAUCAGGACAAGGCUGAGGAGGCAGAUGAAAGUGGGUCUGGACUACUUGUGGGCACCGAACUGGAACCCGAACAUACGCCCGAGCUUCAACACGAUGAGUUUAUUGUGUCGGAUCAGACUCCCGCAGAAGAACCCCAACCUUCACCUGAAUACUACAUUGAAACAGAGGUUUCGAGCCCCAUUACAGAAUAUGAUGGUCAAAACCCAUACACGUCGUAUUUGAUCAAAAUCCGCACGAAUGGUCCCACAUUCAAGCAGAAGGACUAUCAAUUGCGACGCAGAUACUCUGAUUUCAACUUUUUGUACGAUUGUCUGUCCAAUGAUUUUCCAACCCUGAUUAUCCCUCCUCUGCCAAAUAAGGAGCGUUUGGAGUACAUCAAAGGAGGCAGAUUCACAGACGAGUUUACAAAAAAACGUGCUGUUUCGCUCAGCAUCUUUCUGGCGCGUAUUUGCAAGCACCCUACGUUGCGCAAGUCGCAAAUCUUCCAUAUCUUUUUGGAGGACUCCGAUUCGUGGCAUACUUAUCGUUCGAACUUGAAGAUUUCCUCGGGAUCGAUCGAUCCAAACAACACAGCAUCACAGAACAUCGAGACAGUCACAGAUUACAUCAUGAACAGUUUCAAGAAACCAAGCUACGACUCAAAGUACAAGCGAGAGUUCCAGGAGAUCCAGGAAAAGUCCAGCAAAUUGCAGGAGAAUCUAGUUAAUAUCGAUCACAUCUACUCCAAAGUGUUGACGCGGCAGCAGGACAUUUCGACCGACUUUGCACGGUUUUCUCAGGAGUUUUCAAAACUGAACGUGCUGUUCAGCAACGACUUUGACGGAAAGAACCGUGAGGAUUCUGGCGACCGGUCUGGAAAGGACAUUUCUGACCAGUUUUCUAAAUUUGGAGCCAAUUUGCAAAAGAUUUCAGACAGAUCGUUUUACCUGAACCACGAGAUCGAAUACGACUACCUCACUUCGCUGAGAGACCUCGAAAACUACAUCACACAGCUCAAAAACUUGGUGAAGCUCAAGGAAGCCAAGGCAUUGGACUACGAGAUGUUGUCCAACUAUCUUGAAAAGGCCAAGCAGGAGAAGGAUCGUCUGGUCAAAGGUGGGUCUGUCACGUCCUCGACCGAGGGUACUAUCAUCUUCCUUACACGGAAAUUUGAGUCUAUGACGGGGAUGGGGUCUCAUCAGCACGGAAACCUCACCAACGAGCGCAUCCAGAAGCUUGAUUCUAGGAUUGAAGUUCUGGAAAAGGAGAAGAAAAACGCUUUCGAGGUGUUUGAGAAGUUUGAAAAGGAUAUUCUCGAUGAGUUCCAACUGUUUGAAGCUACCAAGACCGACGAGAUUAACGAGUCUCUCAAAUCGUUAACGGAUUCUUAUUUACAAUAUUACACAGAUCUGCUCAACGAUUGGCAGACUCUGAAGCUUGUGGAGACGGGCGACAAGCCGAUCCCUACCCUGAAGAACAAGCUCAGUGAGAAUGACGAGCUCUUUUCGAGCGAUGACGUGUUGAAGAAUAACGAGGUGCUGGAGCAAAACCUGCAAAAGAUACACGAGACCACUAGCGCGUCUUGA